AAAGAGAGAGAGAGAGAGAGAGAGAGAGAGAGAGAAAGAAAGAGAGAUCGAUUAAAAAAAAAAAAGAAUAGAGAAAAACAUAUAAAGGAGAACUUGAAAAUAUAUUUAACGCAUUCUUUAAAAGGAAUAAAAAAAUAUAUCACGCGAACUAUAUGAUCGAACAAUUUUUUCCAUUCUCUAUGUUGGACUAUCUUGAUGAAGCGCGCGCGUUGUUGUUUGCGAUUUGAAUAAAAAAGAAAAAAAAAAAAAAAAAAAAAAAAAAGAAGAACAAGUAGAAAGAAGUAAAUAGAAAAAAAGGAGGAAAAAAGAAAGAAAAAGAAAAGAGAAAAAGAAAGAAAGAAAAAAGAAAAGAGUCGGAUAGAAAUCGUAAAAAAGAAGAAGUUCAAUCGUCGCCUCGAAGAGGACACUCGCAUCCAAGGCGAGGAAAAAGAAUAAGUACUAGAGAGCGUCGGACGUUGACCGAUGACGAGUAGAAAUUUGUUGCUGAAGUGAUAGGGGAAAAAAAAAAAAAAAAAAAAAAAAAGAAAAAAGAAAAGAAGAAUCCAGAAGAAAAGAUCCAAACUGGAGGGAUCAAAAGAGAUCGUGUAAAAGAUGCGGUUCCUCGUGGAGAGCCGCUCGACAACCGAUCGGAAAGGUAUUGUCAAGGAUGAUUCGUUGGAUAGGAAUGUUGGCUCUGGCCAGAUCGUGGAAAACAAUAUCAUCUUUAUCAUCAGCAGCAACAAUAGCAGCAACAAUUUCAUCAUCAUUGUCAUUGGCAAUAACGGAGGAAGAUCUAUCGAGAAAAUUAUUAUCAACGAUAUCGAUAACGUUAGCUUUAAAGACGAUCGUAUCAUUAUCGAAGGUAACAAAACGUUUGACAGGCUCGACGGGAUUAUUAAAAAAAUUCGUGAAUACGACGGAGUCAUCGAACAUAACGAGAAUAAUAUCGAGGAAAUUGAUUACGAGGAUUUAUUGGACAUUGCGAUCAAGGAGAUUCGCGAUUUCUUGGAAUGUACGUCAUCUAUCCGCUUGACGAGCUUCUUCGAUUAUAUGAGAAUCCUUUUCGCGAGUCUUUCGAGCCAUUGACAUUGAACAUUAACGGGACUAAUUCAGUUUCGUCGAGUUCGAGUGUUUAUCACGAGCGAAAUCAUAAUUAUCGUCGUUCGGGUUGCGUCAAAUCUGUCGUAGUUGAUAAAAUUGAUGAAUACGACGAUCGAACGAGAAUAGAAGAAGUUAAUUCAAUUAGUGUACGUAAAAAGGAUAAUAAUAAUAAUCAUCAUAAUAAUAAUAAUAAUAAAAAUAAUAAUAAUAGUAAUAAUAAUAAUAAUAAUAAGAAUAAUAAUAAUAAUAAUAAAAAGAAAAUCAAGAAGAUUAAGCAACAAGGUGGUAAAUCCAAAAAAAGGGAGCAGCAAUCACGUUACGAUAACGAUAACGAUAACGUCUCUCGUGAUAAGGCGAGGCAGGUGCCUCGAAAAAAAGGCCAGAAUAUGCAAAACAAUCGGAAUAACGCUGGCGACGAUACUUCCGCCGCUGCGGCCGCCAUCGCAGCCGCCGCAGCCGCCAUUGCUGCUAACAAUCCUUUGAAGGAUCUCACACAACCGAAUCUAAAUGAUUCCCUUAAACAGCAUAAUGUCAACGCUCUCAAACUCGUCCAAACCGUCGCUGAAUUCGCUCAAGAAUUUGGAGAAGCCAUGGAGAAUCAUUCGGCUAACAUACGCAGAUUGGUCGACGAGUUUCGAAGCCGAUCCGGUGAGCCACGGCUCGAUUCUAGUGGUAUGCGACGCGUUUGGGAGAAUCUAUUGAGACAAGUCGAGGCUGAUGCUGUCUCGCAUCUCGAUUUUGCUGCGGUAUUGCAACAGCAACUCUCAAGGCCAACCAUAGAGGCGAGCUUUCAUAGAAAGUUUCAAUCACGUAAGGUUUUCUCGUAUCGCGAGGGUUACGAACAAGAGAUUGCAAAGUCCGAAGAGAAAUUGCAACGUGCCAGAGCUGAUUAUAAACGUUCUUAUGCGUCCUUAUUAACGAACGAAGGUGGAAACGAAACGGAAUUGAAGCGUCAAUACCUCGAAGCUCACAAUGCUUACGUUCUUCAAUUGAGAGCUACCAAUGCUAUAACCGAAUGUUAUCAGAGCCAUUGUUUGCCUGGUUUACUCGGUGAAAUAGCCGAGGUCUACGAGGAACUUUGCGGAUUGGCUUGCAAAUGCGUCGCUGGUAUAUCGGAAGCAGCAUACGAGCGUACCAGCGAACAAGCAAAACGUUAUCAAAAUGUUGGAAAGGACGCUCAAACCGUUCUACCGAUUAACGAUUUACAGACCCUGGCACGCAAUUUGUCGGCCAAUGCAACGCCACGUAAACCAGUACGACGUUUGUUCGUUGCACUUUCACGACCAGAACAAGUACCAGUCGAAAAAGCUACGCAAAUACCACAGCUGAGAGAUGAAUUAGUACCUACCGGUAUCAGUACUGUGCCACUUAUGGAGGAACUUAAAAGGGAACACGAUAGUUUGACACAAAAAAUAGGAAGACUACAAGACGCCUUGGACACAUUGAUUCGAAUGCAACGCAAAAGUGCCGAAGGUAAUCUUUAUACGAAGGUGGCCGAAUUACAAGAAAAUAUUUCCAUGAAACGUUUUGAGCUAGGCGUCGCACAGUUGGAUCUUGCUGCGGUACAGGCACAGAUGAUCCUAGGAAAGAUAAGGAGACGCAAUUAUGAGCGAAAAAAGCCGCCAGUUAAAAGGACCGAGACGAGAAUUAGCAGUAGUACGGCGAAAAAGGAACUCUUUGGAGGGGGCGAAGCUGGUCAACCCGAUGGAAUGAGCAGCAGAAAAAUGUCUAAUGGUUCGACCGGAAGUACCAAGCACAAAUGGUUGAAAGCAUUCAAAAGUUUGAAAACAAGCUCGCCGACAACGUCACCGCCUACCGACAAAGGAAAACAGGCGAUGUAUCAUGCAGUAUCAACUGUAGUAGCUUUAUCCAGGAAAAAUAAUGAAAUCGAGGACGGUCACGUUUGGCGAGAGUACACCUAUCGAAAGAUAACACCUUGCGAUGCUUGCGGUCAAGUACUACGUGGUCAUAGUCGUCAAGGUCUAAGAUGUCGUGGUUGCAAGGUCAACGCUCAUUCCGAUUGUAUCAAUCAGAUACAACCGGUUAAAUGUCCAAGUUUGGCACCGAAAAAAAGUGGCGGCAUACCCCUUUUGCGUCGUCAAAAAACUCAAGCGCCAGUCGACGAUACACCACCGGCCGAUCACAACGUGGACAGCAUAUACCAGGUGCUGAAGCAGGCAGGCGAGAUACGUGGAAACUCGACAAACUCACCACCUACGCCUCCUACAGCAGAUCAUCCUCCCUCCGGUGCAGCACCUUCUUCGGCGAGGGCCUCCUCCCACCCUUGUUCCUCGUCCACCUCUGGACGAGGAAGCGGAGGAUCUAUGUCAGGCACACGUCCAUUCGGACAACCGCUGGUGUUGAUGACCCAGGAGUCACCACCUUCGACCUCGACGUCGAGGUCACCGGAGACGUCGAUUAUGCGCAGAGAGCUGAGCGUCAACAGGAGACGAUGACCCCGAUCGAACUACAUACAUACAUAUAUACAUACUUACACAUACCUUCUUUCACUCUCUCUCUCUCUCUCUCUCUCUCUCUCUCUCUCUCUUUCUCUCUCUUUCUUUCUCCUACACUCCCUCUUUCUUUCUCUCUCACGUAAAGAAAGAGAAUAUCUAUAUAUCGGCCCUCAUUUCUAUUUCAUACCAAUAUAUGCCAGUGCAAUUUUUAAAAGAGACAAAGGUAGACAUAUACCCAACGAUGACAACGUUCACACCUCACGAUGUUAGUUUUCCUUUUUUUUUCUUUUCGCUUCCAUUUUUUUUCUCCCCAAAAUAAUUUCAUCGAUCCAUGAAUUGAUUCUUCCCCUUUACUUUACAACUUGUCAACCUAUUUUUUCCUUUUUUUUUUUUUUUUUCUAUCGAUUAAACGAUAAAGAAAAAAAGAGAAGAAAAAAAAAAAGAAAGAAAAGAAGAGUUAACCAACGAAGGAAGAAAAUUAUAUUAUUGUCCGUGAAUGCGAAGAGUGAGAAAAAUUUAAUGAAAAGGAAAUGCGAGGAAAAAGAUGUGGUGAUUUAAAAAGAAAAAAGAAAAAAGAAAAAAAAGAGAAAAGAAAAGAAAAAAAAAAGGGCGAGGAAAAAAAAUGAAAACUAAUGCGAAAUUAAAUACGAUAGAAUAAUCUAUUCGUUUUCGACACAAAAAUCGCGUUCUAACGCGAUUUUAACGAGUAAUCAUUAAUAGUCGUAGUAGUAAUAAUAUUAAUAAUAAUAAUAACAAUAAUAAUAAUAAUAAUAAUAAUAAUAAUAAUAAUAAUAGUAAUAAUAAUAACAACAACAAUAACAAUAAUAAUAAUUUUAGUGAUAGAUGUCGCUUGGAUGAAGAAUCGCUGGAAUCGAUUCGAUUGCGACAAAGUAAAAAAAGAAAAAAGAAAUACGAUUAAAAAAAGUAAAAAAAAAGAAAAAAAAAAAAAGAUAAAAUAGAUAAAAAUGAUCUAUUUUUUGUUCUCCUUUCUUUCUCAUUUUCAACUUUUCUUUUCUUUUGUUUUCAUUUUUCCUUUUUCAUCCCCACCUCGCCCUUUCCACGCCCGCGUUAAGGAUGUUUCAUCGUUGAUGCAAAACAACGAAUAAUACUUAUCUUGCAUGGAUCAAGAGAGAGAGAGAGAGAGAGAGAGAGAGAGAGAGAGAGAG